GUUGAAAAAAAAAAUAAUAUGCAAUUGAUUAGGUGAGGGUAAAAUCGGAAAGGAAAUUUAUGAAAUUUUGUUUCGCCUUUUUUCCAUUCUUCUUUCGUUCGCAGUUAUCCUCUCUCAUCUCUUUCGUUCUCUCAUUCUCUCAUCUCUCUCGUUCUCUCAUCUUUGUGGUGUUGAAACCCUACUGGCGUCUUGUGCUUUCUCGGUGUUUCGGACCUCCUUCUUGUGCAACAUUGAAGUCGUCUUCGACGUCCCUGUGGAGCAUUGGUAUUGUCGCUGUCGUGGUGUUUUUUUGUCCAAUGACAUCCCAAAAAGGAAAUUGGCGCCUUCGUAUCUCAAUGGAUUCAUCCAACAUUGUUGAAAUGAAUAGCUUAUUAGGACACGCUCAUGUAAAGCGCAUUAAGAUGACUCCAUUUAAGUGGUGUUUGCAUAUUCUGAGCCAUUUGGAGGUGAAUUUCAAAUUAUUGAAGGUGAUGGUCCAACACUGGGCUGGGCAUGAUGUUAGUUUUAGAGAUAGUCAACAAUUGGUCUCAUUUAUUGUUUUUGAUGUGUUCAUGACCACAUGUUUAGAAAUAGGUGGUCUAGGAUUGUUUCCAUUUGUAAAAAUUUUGUUUGUAUUUAGAGGAAGAUGGAUUUUUUCCAAUAAGAUUGUUAUAUGUACAGAUUGUAAAAAUCAAUGA